GGGCUCCUCUCUGCAUCCUCCCCACCUUCCCAACAACAUGCGCCUUGCCAGCUUCCUCAGCUCCUGCUGCCUCCUAUUGCUCCUGGGGGCCCUGCCUGGAUGGGCAACCAAUGAUGACCCUAUUGAGAAGGUCAUUGAAGGGAUCAACAGAGGGCUGAGCAAUGCAGAGAGAGAGGUGGGCAAGGCCCUGGAAGGCAUCAAUAAUGGAAUCACUCAAGCUGGAAGGGAAGUGGAAAAAGUUUUUAAUGGACUUAGCAACAUGGGGAGCCAGGCCGGCAAGGAGGUGGACAAGGGGAUCAACCACGGCUUGGACAAGGUAGCCCAUGGGAUCAACAAUGGCGCUGGACAAGCAGGAAAGGAAGCAGAGAAGUUUGCCCAUGGGGUCAACAACGCUGCUGGACAGGUUGGGAAGGAGGCAGACAAAAUGAUCCAUCAUGGGGUCCAUCAUGGGGUCAACCAGGCGGGAAGUGAAGCAGGGAGGUUUGACCAGGGGGCCCACCAUGCAAUGGGGCAGGCUGGGAAUGAGGCUGGGAGGUUUGGCCAGGGUGCCCACCAUGCUGUGGGUCAGGCUGGAAAGGAGGCAGAGAAGUUUGGUCAGGGAGCCCACCAUGCUUUUGGUCAGGCUGGGAAUGAGGCAGAGAAGUUUGGCCAGGGUGCCCACCAUGCUUUUGGUCAGGCUGGAAAGGAGGCAGAGAAGUUUGGUCAGGGAGCCCACCAUGCUGCUGGUCAGGCUGGAAAGGAGGCAGAGAAGUUUGGUCAGGGGGCCCACCAUGCUUUUGGUCAGGCUGGAAAGGAGGCAGAGAAGUUUGGUCAGGGGGCCCACCAUGCUGCUGGUCAGGCUGGAAAGGAGGCAGAGAAGUUUGGUCAGGGGGCCCACCAUGCUUUUGGUCAGGCUGGGAAUGAGGCAGAGAAGUUUGGUCAGGGAGCCCACCAUGCUUUUGGUCAGGCUGGAAAGGAGGCAGAGAAGUUUGGUCAGGGAGCCCACCAUGCUGCUGGUCAGGCUGGGAAAGAGGCAGAGAAGUUUGGUCAGGGGGCCCACCAUGCUUUUGGUCAGGCUGGAAAGGAGGCAGAGAAGUUUGGUCAGGGAGCCCACCAUGCUGCUGGUCAGGCUGGGAAAGAGGCAGAGAAGUUUGGUCAGGGAGCCCACCAUGCUUUUGGUCAGGCUGGAAAGGAGGCAGAGAAGUUUGGUCAGGGAGCCCACCAUGCUGCUGGUCAGGCUGGGAAAGAGGCAGAGAAGUUUGGUCAGGGGGCCCACCAUGCUUUUGGUCAGGCUGGGAAUGAGGCAGAGAAGUUUGGUCAGGGGGUUCACCAUGCUGCCGGUCAGGCUGGGAAAGAGGCAGAAAAGUUUGGUCAGGGGGCCCACCAUGCUUUUGGUCAGGCUGGGAAUGAGGCAGAGAAGUUUGGUCAGGGGGCUCACAAUGCUUUUGGUCAGCCUGGGAGGGAGGCAGAGAAGUUUGCUCAGGAGGGCAACCAUGCUUUUGGUCAGCCUGCAAAGGAGGCAGAGAAGUUUGGUCAGGGGGUUCACCAUGCUUUUGGUCAGGCUGGGAAUGAGGCAGAGAAGUUUGGUCAGGGGGUUCACCAUGCUUUUGGUCAGGCUGGGAAUGAGGCAGAGAAGUUUGGUCAGGGAAUCCACUAUUCUGCUGGUCAGGCUGGAAAUGAGGCAGAGAAAUUGGGUCAAGGGCUCCAUAAUACUGUGGGUCAGGCUGGAAAGGAGGCAGAGAAAUUUGGUCAGGGGGUUCACCAUGCUGCUGGUCAGUCUGGGAAAGAGGCAGAGAAGUUUGGUCAGGGGGCUCACAAUGCUUUUGGUCAGCCUGGGAGGGAGGCAGAGAAGUUUGCUCAGGAGGGCAACCAUGCUUUUGGUCAGCCUGCAAAGGAGGCAGAGAAGUUUGGUCAGGGGGCCCAACAUGCUGCUGGUCAGGCUGGGAAGGAGGCAGACAAUGUGAUCCCAGGGGCCCAGGAUGGACUUAGCCAUGCAGCAAAGGAGGCGCUGCAGUUUGGCCAAGAUCCUCAUCCUGUUGCAGGGCAGGUUGGGAAACAGGGAGGCAAAAUAAUUCAUAGUGUCCAUCCUGGGGUCAACCAGGCUGGGAAGGAGGUGGAGAAGUCUGGCCAGGGAGUUCACCAUGCCGUUGAACAGGCCGGAAAGGAAGCAGACAAAGUGGUCCAAGGGGUCUACAAUGGGGUCAACCAGGCCGGGAAGGAGGCAGAGAAAUUUGGCCAAGGGGUCAACCAUGCUGCUGGUCAGGCCGGAAAGGAAGCGGAGAAGCUUGGCCAAGGUGCCCACCAAGCUGCUGGCCAGGCCGGGAAGGAAGUGGACAGGUUGCAGCAGGAUGUUCAUAAUGGGGUCAACCAAGCCAGCAAGGAGGCCAACCAGCUGCUGAAUGGCGGUCAUCAAGGAAGCGGGGUUACCGGCCAGCACGGAGGGGCCGCAACCACCACAGUAGCAUCUGGAGCCUCGGUCAACAAGCCCUUCAUCAACUUUCCAGCUCUGUGGAGGAGUGUCGCAAACAUCAUGCCCUAAACUGAUGCCCUGGCCUUGCUGAGCAGAUAAAUGUUCCUCUUGUCACGCCAGCAGAAAGGACUGGAGGGACUGGGGGGCGGGCAUAGGUUCUUGGAGUCCCUUAUGGGGCUGUACUAGUAUUUGUGAAUAAAAGUGGCGCAAUGUCCUCUCUCA